AUGGCGAAUGAGUUCAUCGGCUUGCAUAUGCUGCUCAAGGGGACGAUAAGCGACAUCUCCAUCGCCGCCGGCGACUCGGGAGACAGAGCCAUCGUCCUCAGCAACGUCUUCGUGGUCGGUGCAAAGGGCCAGUGGUACCCGCGCCUUGAAGUUCGCUCCGAUAACAUCCUCGACCUGGCCGAGCCAUCACCUGCUACUUUCACCGCACCGACCGUCAGCGGAGUGUCGGCCCCGGUUUAUGUCCAGCCAACGCAAGCUGUUCAGCCCGUCUUUGGAGAUCCAGCCAUUCUUAGCGUGGGGUUGACGAAGCCUGGCUUGAGUCAACAAAGCGGUAGCCCUUUAGUGGCCGCCAGCAGCAACACCGAGUGGGAACCCCAGGCCGAAGCCAUUGGCCAACCGAGCAUCUCCGGCCUCAACAUUACCUCUACAAAAACGCUCGAUCUCCCUACCGGCCUCGGGCGCCUAAACAUCGAGAGCCCAGCCCCGGCCGAAGCGCCUGCCAUCGAACUAGAAGCAACGGCGGCCGACCACCUCAACUCGUCUAAAAAGAAGCGACGAGAGAGGAAAAAGGUCCAGCCCAAGCAUCUCAGGGUUCAGGAUCCGGCCGGACAACUUGAUAGCUCACCGGCCCAGGCGGCGCCGGCGAAUCGUGGAAAGGGGUGGAGGCAAACGCCCAUUCUAGAAAGUACAGCAUCCUUCCAGCCCUUUAUGGCGUUAAAACGAAAUGGGGCAAAGGGCAGGAGGGGACUCGCGGACAACGGGUGGGCUUCCGAGGAUGUGACGGAGGAGAUGGGAGAAUUCGACUUUGAAGGUGGGCUGGCCAAGUUCGACAAGCGCACGCUGUUCGACCAAAUGCGGAAGCAGGAUCAAGUUGACGACUCGGAGCGGCUGGUCUCGUAUAACCGUCGCCCGAAGCCUGGCACGGCUGGUGGCAAGAACUUUCACUACAGCGAAAACGUGCUCGAUACGCCGUCCUCGAUAUCCAAGGCGCUUGCGCCAAACGACUUUGGAAUAGCGAGGCCGACGACGGCACACACGGAGAGGAUAGGAAUCCUCGUACAAUGCAAAACACGCGACGGGCGGACAGCAAGGUCUCAAUCGCGCAAGGCGUCGGCUGCGGGGCCUGGGCAACCCUUAAGCCGAGUCAACUCGGCAGUACGACAACAACUAAGCGCCGGCGACGCACCAAAAUACCAGAUCCUUCAAAGAGCUCACAGCCCGAAGCAGCAGAACCUCCAACCGGGCCUCUAUCUCGUCCCUUCAGACCGCCGCGUCGAGCCCGUAUCAGCCCUACAGAUGCUUAAUCUAGAGAAUAUCGCUGCCAAUGAAGUGGGUCUCACCGAGGAGAUGAUGACAGAAAACGCGGGUCGGGGUAUCGCCGAGGUUGCUCUCACCGCCCUCACGGACCCGGCCAUUGGAGUUCGGAUGGGAACAUCGGGGAGGUCGACUCCCGUACUCAAUAUCGCAUCCCACGCGACCAUCAUCAUCUUGGCGGGGAACAACAAGUCGGGUAUCAGAGCGGUUGCGGCGGGCCGUCACCUACGCAGCAAGGGAGCCAAUGCAGUGAUCUGCUUGGUCGGUAUCGAACGCGAGGUGGACCUUUUGGAAGACAUGCGGCAGCAAAUUCGCAUCUACCGCAACUUUGGGGGCCGUAUAUUCAAUAAGCAAGAGUUCUUUGAACACCUACGCAAGCUCAAGUCUGGAAACCAUCGAGAUCAGGUGAGCUUGAUUAUCGAUGCUCUUCUGGGACUCACGAUAUCGUUUGAGGAACUCCGGACCGGUGAUCAAGCUUCGGUCUACGAGCUGAUGGAGUGGGCCAACCGCAACGAAGCGUUUGUUUUGUCAAUCGACGUUCCGACGGGUAUCGACCCAACGAGCGGCAAGGUCAGCAUCAUCGAUGGGAGCCGGUUGUUCGUCAAGCCGAGGUACGUGGUAGCGAUGGGAGCGCCAAAGAGAGGACUGUUGGAGGCUAUCUCGCCCGACAACGAGGACGGCGUGGUCACCGCGGUUUCGGGACCGGACGGCAUAGUGUUGACGGACGACGAUCCCUGGAAGCUAUACAUUGCGGAUAUUGGGCUCGGGCCGGGGGUCUGGAAGAAGGCCGGGACCAAGAUGCGUCGAGGUAUCGACUUUGACGCGCAGUGGGUGUUGGAGAUGCGGUAUCAGGGAGAUGUCGAUGACGAAGAGGAUGAGUAA